AUGCCGAUGCAACGGCCCAGUAUGCUCAAACGGGUACGUAGUCAUACAAACCGACAGUCUCUUAGCGACUUGGUGCAUGGAAGAGGCAACUCGCCACAUCCUCAAGCAGACACCAUCUCGGCUUUGAAGCAGAUCGAAGAAGAGACCCUGCCCAAGUAUACUGCAGACACUUUCUAUCCCGCUCGAGUAGGCGAAGUUUUACAUGACCGAUAUAAACUAUGUGCGAAGCUGGGCUUCGGCAUGACGGCGACGGUAUGGCUGGCAAAAGAUUUGAAAGCCGACCAGUGUGCGGGCAACCACAAAUACGUCACCAUCAAGAUCAAUGUCAACACCUUGACCGAAGACUUCCUGAAAGGACGACGAGAAAUCGCUCAGAAGUUGUUCUCGGCCAAUCCCAACCAUCCGGGAUACAACCACAUCCGAUUCAUGCGAGAUACAUUCAAGCUCAGGUCCCGCCACGGCGAACACCUGUGCAUCGUAUACGACGUCCUCCGAGAGCCCAUCGAUACAUGUAUGGAGAAAUUCCCUGGUCGACGCUUCAAUUCCGAAAAGCUCCGCAAACUGCUACCGGCGCUGUUGAAAGGCCUCGACUACCUCCACACAGAAUGUGGGGUUGUGCACACCGACCUGAAAGCCGACAACAUCAUGAUGGGACUCGGUGAUCCGACCAUUCUCGACCGCUUCGUCCAGCACGAAAUCGACCAUCCGUCGCCGCGAAAAAUGCCGGACUCUCACGGGCGGAUCAUCUACAGCUCGUGCAGCGACUUUGGUGAAGCCCCGACCGACGAGGUCAUCGGCACGGCCAAAAUCACAGACAUUGGUCUGGCGGCGUGGGGAGACGGGAAUAACACCAAGCCGAUCCAAUCCAACGCUUUCAUGGCGCCCGAAGUCAUUCUCCAGGCCGGUUGGUCGUACCCUGCCGACAUUUGGAAUCUGGGAGUGAUGCUAUGGGACCUCUUUGAGAGUUUUGGGUUGUUCGACGCCAUCGACACACAACCGGGACACUACCGCCCCGAGAAACACCUGGGUCUUAUGAUUGGCCUCUUAGGACCGCCGCCUGUAGACUUUGUCAAGCGAGGAGCCAAGUCGUCUUACUACUUCGAUAACGACGGCAACUUCAAGUAUCCAGACUACGUUGACCACGAGAUGUCUUUCGAAAGCUCCAUCACGAGACUUCGAGGCGAGGAAAAGGACCUCUUUAUCGACAUGGCCAAGCACAUGAUCUGCUGGGUCCCCGAAGAGCGGUGGACGGCCAAGCAGCUCCUCGAGCACCCAUACUUGACGAAAGAGCGCGAUUACAUCCCGACGCCCGGCGGCCUGAGCCGUGCCUCGACUACCGCUUCGUUCCAGUCAAUGAUUCCGUCCCGGACCGGUACUCCCAACACUCCCCCGUCGAUCCCCGUGUCGAGACGAACGUCGAACCUGGAACGCAUCCCUUCACAUGGCUCCUCGCCGAUGGCCAAUGGGACAGCCUCGUCGGUAGCGGACAAAGUAUCGUCGUCGGCUUCGAGACCCACCACGCCAGCAAGUUCAACGGUGCCGUUCGCGCUCCCGUACCACCCGAGGAGGAGCGAGGACAAGAACAGCUCUUCGUCGGUCACAAUGAGUCCCGGUGGCCACCUCGCGCCUGCCCCCAGUGCAAAUGUCGCGAAUAAGUGCUCGCAGGAUCUUAUAGAUGCGAUCUUGAAUAAGCGCAAGAACGGUCACAAGCAGCAGCAGCAACAACAACAAACAAUUAGUGAGAACGGCUCAAAUCGUGCAUCUAUGGAUAGCAGCAGCAGCAGUACACCGACGAAAUGA